AUAAACACCCACCAAGCAACCAGCAGAUACAAAACAUCUCUCUAUCCCACUGCUCCAGUCUAAUAACUUCCUUCAUAGACUCAUUAUAUACUAGAGUCCUUCUCAUGGCUCAACUCAUCAUCAAUUCUUUGCUUCUUGUUCUGAUACUACUCUUCAUCCAGUUGUUCUCAUCAGUGAAUGCAGUCUACGACGUCACAGACUUUGGCGCUAAACCGGAUGGUGAGACGGAUUCGAGCAAGUCGUUCCUUAGUGCAUGGGAUGCCGCCUGCGGCUCGCCGGAGGCUGCGACCGUCCAUGUACCUGUUGGCUUCUUCUUGGUGGGUCCGAUCACCUUCAGUGGUCCCUGUCAGAGCAGCAAGAUCACCAUCCAGAUCGACGGGACCAUCGUCGCACCAUCAAAUUACGCCAAUCUUGCAAAGGCUGGAGAGUGGAUGGCGUUUGAGAAAGUCGAGGGUGUCUCGGUGUAUGGCGGGACCAUCGAUGGCCGUGGCAAGUCUCUCUGGGCCUGCAAGGCUGGCGGUGGGAACUGCCCGGAUGGCGCAACG